GGCCUCUAAGCGAAGUGGGAUAUCUAAACGCAGCGGACUCCCGCACAAUUUGAGCCCAGCAAACUUAUCGGUCCCCGCGGGCCGCCUGAACGAGUCACUUUCUUGUCGUCGUUUUUAAUUGCCGCGGUGUUUUGUUUCACGUGUAACGCUUCGCAUAUAUGUGUAAAAUCUUACGAAAAAGUUUAGAAAGUUUAAGCGGCGUGAGGAGAAAGAGAGAGAGAGAGGUUUGAGGGAGAACUCCCGCUUGACGAGUCAUCUCGAACGUGUGGCCAUUUACGAAAUUAUUUUAAUUACAUUUUUUUGACGCGUUAUAAUUUUAUUCUCUUUGCUUUUUCACGUUGCCCAACACAUUUCGCGUUUAGAAGUCGACGUUUUAAAACUACAGCUCUUUCCCUCGCUUCCUUUUUACCUUAAAACAAACGGCGAGCGGAGCCGCUUUUUGGAUUAUGUGCAACGGCGUUUGCCGCCCAGGUUUAAGCGGCCGAGUUUUCACGAUGGCACAGGAGUGCAUGGAGUUGGAGUUCUGCGGCGAAUCGAUGCCCGAGAACGCCCUGCGACGCUCCAACAGCCUGCCCAUGAUCAACAACGCCUGCGAGAGCUUCCAGGUCACCGUGCCCGGCUUUCCCCGCCCGCGCAGAAACAGCGUCAGCCUCUCGGGGGGACACUCUCUGGAGGAGGGGAUGGACAUGAUGAACAGGGAGUCCACUGCCCAAGACAGAGACGUGCAGGCCGCCAUGCAGGUCGGCCAGCCUUGGGAAGACUUCUCCCUGUGCGAGCAGAUGUGCGACGCUGAGAGGCCGGCCGCGCCGACGGCUGCGUUGUCGACGCAGCGACGCACCGACUCGUUCCCACCACCACCACCUCUACCACCUCCACCGCCGUCGUGCCCAGCGGCUGCGGCGUCGUCAUCGAACACUCGCGCCUUCAGCCGGCAGCUGUUUGCUCCGUCGUUGCAGCAGGCGGUGGUGAGUGGAGGGGGGGGAGCGUUCUUCCAGCGGAGGCCGCAGCCUGCGAGGAGGAGUAACAGCCCCGGUAGCUGCCCGAGACCCGGCACCUUUGGCUGUCUCAAGCGUAAAGUCGACCCAAGCAACGAGAUGCCCUCUAAGAGGUCAUUCCCAGGCCCCGCCGCGGCCGCCGCCACCUUACUCUCCACCUCGCCAGAAUUUCCCAUCAUGCCUCACCCGCUCACGCACAGCCUAUCGUGGAGCAGCCUGGAGAGUGGAGGGAGCUGCAGCCCCCCACAAAAGGUGCCCCCCUCGGGACCCCAACCGGAGGCCCCGAAAGCGGACACCUUCCUGCCGCCCUUCACUCCCGCCUCGCGCCCCUCCGCCAUGUGACGUCAUUGUCACGGCGACGGUGGAAUCGAGACUGUGCGCGGGCGGGUGACCGUCAUCGGCGGGAUUUGCCGCCGAUGGGGCAAUUUCACGUCGUUGGACGCGGCACGCAAAGGAGUGGUAUCGUCGCCGGCAGGAAGUGAUGUCGUCGCCGGCAGGAAGUGAUGUCGACGGCGGCAGGAAGUGAUGUCGGCGGCGUCAUGAGGUGAUUGUGUCAUCGGCGGGAAGCGAUGUCGUCGCCGGGAAGUGAUGUCGUCGUCGGCAGGAAGUGAUGUCGUCGUCGCCGGGAAGUGAUGUCAUCAGCGGCAGGAAGUGAUGUCGUCGGCGGCAGGAAGUGAUGUCGUCGUCGCCGGGAAGUGAUGUCAUCAGCGGCAGGAAGUGAUGUCGUCGGCGGCAGGAAGUGAUGUCGUCGUUGCCGGGAAGUGAUGUCACCGACGAGAAGUGACGGUGGAACGUUAAGUCAUCCGCAGGGCGCGCGACGCCUCCCCGGCACGGUUGCAAGUGGUGUCCUCGCGACGAUAUCGAACGUGCGGUCCGUGGGAUGCGAUGUCGUCGUCUCUGGGGAUGGCGCAGAGAUGGGGGACGGACGGACGAGACGGACAGACGGGCGGGUGGGUGGUGACGCGUCACAACGUCUGAUCAAGGUCGUCUCCCUUUUGAUCGUGCGACGUUCGUAUCGCGACGUUCCCCUCCUCGGGGAGGUUUUUUUUUAUUUUUGAAAACGAAACUUUUUUUAUGCAACAUUUUUACGCUCACACCAAAAAAACCCCCGAAAAAAUACGAAGAUGCGCGGCAAGUAGGCGGGGUGCCGUGUGGCGAGAUGUUGACUACCUCGCCUGGUGUACAGGAGGUGGUGGGUUCGAUCCAGACCCUGAUGACGCCUGCUGUAUAUGUGGAGUCUACGUCUCUCUCUCAUCAUCAUCAUCAUCACGGUGGCUAGGAGAUGUUGACUACCUCGCCUGGUACACAGGAGGUCGUGGGUUCGAUCCCGACCUUGACGCCUGCUGCUGCUGCUGUAUAUUUGGAGUUUGCGUCUCUCUCAUCAUCAUCAGAGACACGGCACGUCUGAGAUGCCCGUAAUGCGAACGGGACGUUGCCACAGCGGUGUAACAGUUCACAGCAAACUGAGAGCUCCAAUCCAGCGGUCCUCCCAGAUGUCACUUGAAGGGAUCUUCUUGGAGGUAGUUCUCUGAUGUCUGCUUCUGCGAACCGUUCUGUGUGUACCAGACAUCACUUGAAGGGAUCUUCUUGGAGGUAGUUCUCUGAUGUCUGCUUCUGCGAACCGUUCUGUGUGUACCAGACGUCACUUGAAGGGAUCUUCUUGGAGGUAGUUCUCUGAUGUCUGCUUCUGCGAACCAUUCUGUGUGUACCAGACGUCAAUCUUGAAGGGAUCUUCUUGGAGGUAGUUCUCUGAUGUCUGCUUCUGCGAACCAUUUUGUGUGUACCAGAGGUCACUUGAAUGAGGAGGGAUCUCAGAUGUAGCCCUGCUACGUCUUCUGGACCCUUCUGUGUGUACCAGAGGUCACUUGAAUGAGGAGGGGUCUCAGAUGUAGCCCUGCUACGUCUGCUUCCGCGGACCCUUCUGUGUGGACCAGAGCAUCACUUGAAUGAGGGGAGGGAGCGCUCUGAGGGUAGCUUUGCGAUGUCCGCCUCCACGGGGCCGUUCCCUGACACGAUAAUCAUCCGCGCUGCUUCUGCGUGAGAUGCGGGCGGAUUCCUUUUUGGCUCGUGAUGCUACGCCGAUAGCCGCAAUUAGAUUUCUUCCCCCACCCCGCUACCCCCCUCCACCCCCCCCCCCCCCUCCUAAAGUCUGUGGUAAUUUUUCUUUAAAGGCACUUUCAAGGGUCCGCGGUAUAGAUCGUGGAGGGGGGCACACACACACGCAUUGUAUGCGUCUCUUGCGUCCAGUUUUCAUUUCAGGUGGCGGAAGGGUCAAUGAUUGCAUUUCUUUUUAAACGCCCAUUUGGCUUUAUUGAGGAUGCUACCAGCGCACGGAGUCCAACAUUGGACGUUCAAUUCAGUACUUGAGGACGCUACUAGCGCACGGAGUGAAACAUUGAACGUUCAGUUCAGUACUUGAGGAAGCUACCAGCGCACGGAGUUAAACAUUGAACGUUCAGUUCAGUACUUGAGGACGCUACCAGCGCACGGCGUGAGACAUUGAACGUUCAGUUCUUGAGGAUGCUACCAGCGCACGGAGUGAAACAUUGAAUGUUCAUUUCUUGAGGACGCUACCAGCACACGGAGUGAAGCAUUGAACGUUCAGUUCAGUUCUUGAGGAAGCUACCAACGUACGGAGUGAAACAUUGGACGUUCAAUUCAGUUCUUGAGGAAGCUACCAGCGCACGGAGUGAAACAUUGAACGUUCAGUUCAGUUCUUGAGGAAGCUACCAACGCACGGAGUUAAACAUUGAACGUUCAGUUCAGUACUUGAGGACGCUACCAGCGCACGGCGUGAAACAUUGAACGUGCAGUACUUGAGGACGCUACCAGCGCACAGAGUGAAACAUUUAACGUUCAGUUCUUGAGGAAGUUACCAGCACACAGAGUGAGACAUUUAACGUUCAGUUCUUGAGGAAGCUACCAGCGCACGGAGUGAGACAUUGAACGUUCAGUUCUUGAGGACGCUACCAGCGCACAGAGUGAGACUUUGAACGUUCAGUUCUUGAAGACGCUACCAGCGCACGGAUUGAAACAUUGAACGUUCAGUUCUUGAGGACGCUACCAGCACACGGAGUGAGACUUUGAACGUUCAGUUCUUGAGGACGCUACCAGCGCACAGAGUGAGACUUUGAACGUUCAAUUCUUGAGGACACUACCAGCGCACGGAGUGAAACAUUGAACGUUCAGUUCAGUUCUUGAGGAAGCUACCAGCGCACGGAGUGAAACAUUGAACGUUCAGUUCAGUUCUCGAGGAAGCUACCAGCGCACGGAGUGAGACAUUGAACGUUCAGUUCUUGAGGACGCUACCAGCGCACAGAGUGAGACUUUGAACGUUCAGUUCUUAAAGACGCUACCAGCGCACGGAUUGAAACAUUGAACGUUCAGUUCUUGAGGAAGCUACCAGCGCACGGAGUGAAAGGUUGGACGUUCAGUUCAGUUCUUGUGGACGCUACCAGCGCACGGAUUGAAUUCGCAGUUCUCCGAUGCAUGGAUUGAAAUCUCAGUCGGCCAACCCACGGCACCUGCUGGGUCCAUCCCAUGACCUCCUGCCAGCAGCGAGCCUUCGACACUUCACGUGGCUUCGGAGUGGUGGCUAGCCGACAGAGUUCGCAACGGGUUUUGAUUCCUUACCCGUACCCGGCCGCACCAGGGUCACAAGCGGGUACCUGUACCCUACCCGAUACCCGGCUACCCGUACCCGGCCGGGUAUCGGGUAGGGUACGGGUAUCGGGUACCCGAUUGUGACCUCUGCUAGCCGGACCCCUGGCCCGGCACAGGCGUCAUGGCGACGUCAGCCGUCACUUUAGCGGCGAGGUUGGAGGCGUCGUCUCCCCCGUGGCGAUGUUUACUGCACACCGCACCGGGUGCUCAUUCGAGGCUGAGCCGACCUAGAGGGAGGCCCCAGGACCGGCUCAGAUAUUCGUCCACUGGUGUUGGCCGUGAGCGGGAAUCGAACCCGGGUCGCCGGGUUCGUAGCGCGGCGCUAACCGCUGCGCCACCGCUCCCCACGCUCCCGAUCACAACGCAGCAAAAUUAAUCGGGAGAAAAACGUCCUUUUUAAGAGAGGAAAAAAAAUAUCUUGAGGUGGCGAUUUAAACAAACCGAGGUCGAAUAUUCGAUGGAAGUGAAUGGCCACGGCUUUGGGGGGCAACGCAGGAAAAGGGCCUGGCACACUUGGCAGGGUAUGUGGGGGGGCAGUGCUCGUGACCAGAUAGAGGCAGUUAAAUUUCGAUUUAAAGCUUUCGUGACUGCAGCAGGGAUUCAUCUUUUUGGUUCUUUCGGUAAAGUCACGUAGAAGGGAAAUAAUAAAAGAAUAAUAAUAAUAAAAUAAUUCUCACAAGGUUUCGGCCACAACGCAAGCAGCCGUCCUC